AUGCUUGAUAAGGAUGCGUUUGCUUGUUAUGUGGUUGUCCGUUUGAUGUUUGCUACUGCCAUGUUGAGAUGGGUUGCUCUGCUUUAUUCUGAUUUCUUGCUACUGCAUAUAGUUUGCUAUGGAUUCACAAGACCCCUUUCUGUUAUUGGUCUGCCUCCUUGCAUAUCAGUGGUGUUAAGGGGCAGAAUUGGUUUCAUGCUCUGUCUUCUUUUUGUCUACCAAUGUAUUAUUGUCAACAAUUCUGUGGUAGAUGCUCUUACUCAGGGUAUCUCCUACAGACUUGUGUCUUGA